GUAGUGUUUUUUUGCUCUGGUUCCGUUCGGAUUCGAAUUAACCGACCGAAUGCCAACCCCUCGUUCCAAUCCGUCCCAGGCCAGGAGGGUAACUUUUUGGCCCAACCGUCAACCGAUCGAAUUGCAAUACGGUACCGCAUUCCAUGGGCUGAACCGCUGAAGAACUGAUACAAACAGCAGAAAGAUAGACUCUCUCCUUCCUUCGCAAAAGUGAAAAGUCUCUCAAAGCGUCGCAGUCACACGCAAACCAAAGGCAGCUUUCAUACUCCAAAAACCCCUCCGCUACGACAAACGCCGAAAGAAACGUUCACAACUUUCCCCUCUUCAAGAUCUGUGCUCUGCAGAAAACUUCCCGUCGUCCAGCAGCAGCAGUAGCAGCACCGGCCAGCGGCGGAGCAAAGAAGUGAAGCGGAAAAAAUGGCGUACGUCGACCACGCGUUCUCGAUCACCGACGACGAUCUAAUGAUGGACGGAUCGUACACCGCCACCAACCGUCCUCCCAUCAAGGAGAUCGGACUCGCCGUCUCGCUCCUCGUCUUCGGCGUCAUCGGUAUCGUCGUCGGCUUCUUCAUGACCUCCAAUAGAGUCGGCGGCGACAGAGCUCAUGGGUUGUUCUUCGUGAUACUGGGGGUGGUUCUGUUCAUACCGGGAUUCUAUUACACCAGGAUUGCUUAUUACGCGUACAAAGGGUAUAAAGGCUUCUCCUUUUCCAACAUCCCUCCUGUUUGAGUGACAGCAGCAGCUGGAGCUUGAGCUGAGGUCAGAGCUGGAUUUUGCCUUUUGCUCUUCCUCUGUUGAUGUUCUUGAUGUACAUAUCUCACAGAAGAUUUCCCCCUCUUCUCCUCUUUUGAACUCUUUCUUGUUCCUCGUUGGUGCAAAAUUUAGUAGCCUGGAUCCACCCUGCUAAAGACCACAGAUGUGUUGGAGUUGAGCUUAAGAUGGGUUUCUUCUACUUGUUGCAAUAUAUAUAGUUGUUGAUCAUGGAUCCGUAGCACAUAACUUGGAUUUGGUUGCUGCAUUUGGGUCACCUACGAUCAUCGUCUCCUUCAGUUUCCUCUUUUUGUUUGGGGCAGUUUCUUCUUCUUUGAUUGCUGUGAUGUGGGGGCAAGUCUUCCGUUAUAGAGUUUGAGUACGUUCUCAUGUGUCUGAAUUGUUAGUAUGUAAAGAAACAAUUUCCAUUCCAUCCAGCCUGUACUUUCGACGGUUCAGUGAUGAUGCGAGCAGUGAGCUUCUACGAAGGAGACUUGGUCUCACGUGGUAUGCGAAUUGGCGACGACGGUGCUAUAGCUGUCUGUCGACGGCCAGCAUCCUCGAAUCCACCCCGAAUGGUGUUCUGAAUCACUCGUAGACAAGUUUCGGUCAAGAUCCUGGUUGUUCCCUGUUCUCCAUCUUGUGAUUAGGAUGAUCUUGGUAUAUCCAUUGUAAACUCCGUAUUCGUUGAUGUCAAUGGCAUUCACCCUCAUAACAAGUAUUUCCUACGAAGGUAAAAAAUCGAACCAUUUUCC